AGGGAAGGAGGGCGUUGGGAGCUGAGGCCCCACCUUUCAUUCCAGCAAACUGCACCAGCCGAGCAGGAAUGAGUCACAGACAGACACAGGCGCUCAGAUUCCCAUAGGUGAGAGACUGACUUCUCUCUCUGGGAAAAUUCGGGUGCUCACUCCUUGGGAACGGCCUUGAGAGGGUGUUGGAGCCCUCAGUCUGCCUUGUCUGGUCUCUCCGGUCAGGGCUGGGUUUCCCUCAUGUAUGGCAAGAGCCUUAUGCGUGCUGUGCUUCUUGGCAUACAGCUCACAGCUCUUUGGCCUCUAGCAGCUGUGGAAAUUUAUACCUCUGGAGUGCAUGGAGGCUCGUGUUAAUGGGACAGAUGAUUGUCGGUUUUAAAAUGCACUUUAUUUCCAGCUUGUGCCACUGUAGUGUAUAGCCUGACAGUGACUUGGAAUUUCCGUCCCCAAGAUGGGGGAUCUGAGCAGUUUGUAAGUAUCUAUUAUCAUGUGGAUCCCUUCAAACCCAUGAGUGGACGGUUCAAGGACCGGGUAGUCUGGGAUGGGAACCCUGAGCGCUAUGAUGUCUCUAUCAUCCUCUGGAAGCUGCAGUUUGAUGACAAUGGGACAUAUACCUGCCAGGUGAAGAACCCACCUGAUGUUGAUGGGCUUGUAGGGGAGAUCCGGCUCAGCGUUGUGCAAACUGUACGCUUCUCUGAGAUGUAUUUCCUGGCUCUGGCCAUUGGCUCCGCCUGCGCAUUGAUGGUCAUAAUAGUUAUUGUGGUGGUCCUCUUUCAGCAUUUCCGGAAAAAACGAUGGGCUGAAAGAGCUCAUAAAGUGGUGGAGAUAAAAUCAAAAGAAGAAGAAAGACUCAACCAAGAAAAAAAGGUUGCCGUUUAUUUAGAAGAUACAGACUAACUUUCUUAGAUGGAGGCUGAAGAUUUCCAAGAACCACAACCCUGGGAUAAGUUGAAGUUGAUGGAAGCUUUUCUUUGUCUUUUUUUGGUUGUGACCCGUCUUCCAACCAGCUCUACAGUACAUAUCCACCUAGACAAGCAAUACCCCUCUGGAGCCAGCACAGGGCCACUAGGGAGCAGAUACCUCCAGACUCAUAUCCAGGCUUAUUACUAAGGAUUUAUUUAAUUUUAGAGUGCAAACAAUUCAAAUUAGCUUUUGUAUAUUACGAAGCAACAUUUUUGCCCUUAAAUACUGCUUUGUAGAUUAUGACUUCUAUAUACACAUACUGGCAGCAAAUGGGAUAAAAGCCAAUUUGUCUAUCAUGAUAUUUUCUUUUCCAUAUUAGUUUCUUUAGAACAGCACUUUUGCUACUAAAUUUAAUGUGUUUACUUUUUCCUCCUCACAUUCUCAAUUAAAAGUGAGCUAUUUCUCCCAGCUGUUUGUGAUUAACAGAAAAUCUUGUGUUUAAACUGUUAAAGAACAGUUUGAUUUUUAUGGCUGUCCUUAAACCUGAGACAAAUCUUGUAUUGAAUUUUAGUAUCCUAGAUGAUAUUUUCUUUUUUUUGGUCAGUUGAUCUAAGGUAUACCACAGAGCCAGUACAAAUCACAGAGUAACUAACAAGAGGUUACCUAUAUGUUAAUAGAUUGACAAAUGCCACCCUCAGGAUGAACUGCUUGUCACCUUUUUUUCUGUACUGCACAAUGCAGGUCUUUUUUGAGCAGUGAAUGACUGCUUAGCUUACUGUGUCCUCCCUGUUUCCCCCUGCCCCAUUUACAUUAUCUAUCACAAAAAAGCAAAGUCUAUGCUCAUUAAUUUGUAGGCUGGAAUCAUUAAGCAGUUUAAAUAGAAUUCUGGAAUAGUAUCUUAUAACUUUAAGAACUUAGGGCUGGUGAAAAACAAUCAACCCUAAAUGAUAAUAAUUUUGUCCAGUGUUAUACAGAGCUCUGAGGCUUG